CUAUGUCAUCUUAUCUUUUAAUUGUAAAGUCUGAACUUCCUGGUGCUGUUGCGGGGUUCUUAAGUGGAGACGAGAGUGGGUCUUGGUACCUUGAUGGGAGACUGCUGCUACUGAUUACUUCAGUCUGCAUUGUUUUUCCUCUUGCACUUCUUCCUAAAAUUGGCUUUCUUGGCUACACAAGUAGUUUAUCAUUUUUCUUUAUGGUGUACUUUGCUCUUGUGAUUAUGAUAAAAAAAUGGUCGAUCCCUUGUCCUCUACCUCUAAGUAGUGCCACAGAGACUCUACAGGUUUCAAAUUCUACUGGGGAUUGUAAAGCAAAGCUCUUUCAUCUUUCAAAAGAGAGUGCUUAUGCAAUACCAACUAUGGCCUUCUCUUUUCUCUGCCAUACCUCAGUCUUACCCAUCUAUUGUGAGCUCCAAAGUCCAUCCAAAAGUAGAAUGCAGAAUGUAACUGUGACAGGAAUUGGUCUGAGUUUCCUCAUUUACUUUAUGUCUGCUCUGUUUGGGUACCUGACAUUUUAUGACAAAGUGGACUCUGAAUUGCUACAAGGUUACAGCAGGUACCUGCCACAUGAUGUUGUCAUCAUGACUGUUAAAGUAGCCAUACUGUUUGCUGUGCUUUUGACAGUCCCUCUAAUCCAUUUCCCAGCAAGGAAAGCUGUAUUGAUGGUAUUUUUCUCUCAUCUUCCUGUGUCGUGGAUUUGCCAUAUCCUUGUUACUUUAACACUGAAUACGAUUGUUGUUUUGUUUGCAAUGUACGUGCCAGACAUUAAAAAUGUAUUUGGAGUAGUUGGUUCAACCACAUCAACAUGUUUGCUUUUUGUAUAUCCUGGACUAUUUUAUCUUAAACUUAGCAGAGAGGACUUUUUAUCACCACAGAAACUUGGGGCAUGUGCAUUGGUUAUUUUUGGCAUUUGUGUUGGCCUUCUGAGUUUAGUUCUAAUAAUUUUCAGUUGGAUUGAUCAAUAA